AUGCGUGUUUACCCAUGUUUGAACAGAUGUAAAUAUUGAUUUUUUUGGUUAAACCUUCUCCUGUAAAAAAAAUUAAUUUUCAGCAAAAAUGGACAUGGAUAUGACGCUACACUUUGGGGAUCGCGAAAAAAUCCUUUUCUCCUGGUGGAAAACUGGUUCGGUGUUGGGAAUGGCCGUCUCGAUGCUCAUCACAUUUCUCCUCUGUAUUCUCUACGAAGCCAUCAAAUCUUUUCGAUAUUUUCUGGCGAUUUGGGAAAAACAGAAACGAGCGAUGGGAAUUGGCGAGUCGACAGCGGAUUCGGAGGAAAUUGAUGAACGAGCACAUAUUGCUCCAAUUGUUCAGUUUUCUGGGUGAGUUUUUUUGGGCGGGAAAUUUGAAAAAUUGAAAAAAUUGUUGAAAAAUAGAUUUUUUGUGUCCAAGAGUUCAAAAAUGCCCUAGAAAUCUCAAAAUUUGUUUUUUGGUCUGGCCUAAGAAUCCAAAUUGUGGCCUAGAAACCCGUAAAAUUUUUCUGGUGGCCUAGAAAACCAAAUUCUGGCUUAGGAAGCCAAAUUCACGAUUUUCAUGACCUAGAAUUUCAACCCGUGGCCUAAGAAUCCAAAUAAUGGCCUAGAAAACCAAAUUCUGGCUUAGAAAGCCAAAUUCGUGAUUUUUUCGACCUAGAUAUCCAACCCGUGGCCUAGAAAUCCGAUAAUUCAAUAUCUGUGGCUUAGAAAACCAUAUCCUGGUCUAGAAAACCAAAUGCUUCAUUUUCAUGGCCUAAUGAAUCCAAAUAGUGGCCUAGAAACCCAUAAAAUACAUUUGAUGGCCUGGAAAACCAAACUCCUGGCCUAGGAAGCAAAAUUCGUGAUUUUCAAUACCUAGAAAUCCAAUCCGUGGCCUAGAAAACCAAAUUCUGGCUUAGAAAGCCAAAUUCGUGAUUUUCAUGACCAAGAAAUCCAAACCGUGGCCUAGAAAACCAAAUUCUGGCAUAGGAAACCAAAUUCGUGAUUUUCAUGGCCUAAAAAACCAAACUCCUGGCCUAAAAAGCCAAAUAGUGACCUAGAAUUCCAAAUUUUGACCUAAAAAUGCGAAAUUCACUCAAAUUUCAUCUAAAAAAUCCAAAUUUUCAACCAAAUUUCUUCAAAUUUUCCAUAUUUUCUCCAGCUACAUUCGCAAACUUUUCACCAAAUAUCGAUUAGCACAAUGCGGAUUAUACGGUAUUCAAAUGCUGUUAGCCUACGUGCUCAUGUUAAUUGUCAUGACAUUUAAUGUCAACCUGAUUUUAUCCGUCGUUUUUGGCACUUCUGUUGGCUAUUUUCUAUUUACCGGAACUCCGUUUGUUGAGGGACAAGUCGCCGAUUGUUGUUGA